AUGAACAACGAUACUCAAACUAUUCUUUCCGAAUUUUCGGACCCCUACCGACGAUCGUUGAUUGAUCGUAUCUGUGUCGCUCUCGGCGACCUUACGAUCCCACGCGUGAAGGCGCUGGGUCUAUGGUUCGCUGACAUCAAGGCCCUAGAGGUCCUUGUAGAGAACCCACAUAUGCUUCACAUUAUACUGGUUAGUUGCAACCAGUAUGAUUUUGCGAGAAUUUGGGCCAGUGAUGGACAAGCACCUCGCUCUAGCCAACCCGAAGAAAGCAUUAGGGUGACAGUGAUAGAUCGCGAGGAGGCUAGAUGCGUUCUGACCCGCCGUGGAGAACCAUCGCUUGAGGUAGCCCAUAUUAUACGGAAUAGGAUCAAUGGGACCACGCAGGACGAGCAUGAGGGAAACGACGUCUGGGGCUUUCUUCGUAUCUUCUGGUCCGAAGAAAAGGUUAAUGCAUGGAAGCAAGCCCUAAUGCCAGGUGGUGUGCUAGUAAGCACUGAGCGGGUAUGCAACCUGAUCACGCUGGAUCUUAUAGCUCACGAUCAAUGGGACCGCGGACUUAUUGCCUUCCGGCCAAUUUCGGUUAACGAAGAAGAAACUAAAAUGCGAAUCGCAUUUCAUUGGCUUCCUUUCCGAAGCGACACCAUCGCUAGGAAUGACCGAAUGCUACCUGCCGCAGUCCGAGACAUGGAUCUAGGAACUCCACCGUCCAAGACCCCCGGGAGAUCUAAUUACUUUUUCGAUAUGGAAACUCGGGAAGUAAUUAGCUCAGGGCAUGUCUUCACGGUGAGAACUAACGACAAGGAGAAACAACCAUUGCCUUCGAUGGAACUUUUAGAGCUGAGAUGGCACCUCUCCCGUAUUGCUGCGAUGCAGGGAGGAGCAGAUGAAGAUGAUGACAGUGGUGAGGAUUCUGACGGUGGGUCGUUUUCAGUCCCAUCAGGGUCGCGAUCACCCGUCAAACGAAAGCGCGAGAACGUGUCUUCCCAAUCUCCCACCCGGUCAGUCUCACCCAAAAGGUUGCGAACUUUGCCUUCUAGGGGAAAUCUCAGUUCCUUAAUCGAAGACGAUUUGUGA